AUGUUCAUCUUCUUGAUCUUUCUAAUAAAAUAUUAUUUUCUCAUUUUGAAAAAACUUGACAAUAUUGAUGUUCUUUACUCUUUAUUGAAUAUCAACAAUCAACGACUUGAAAUUAUAGCACAAGAACAAAUCUUCAGUGAUAUACUUAAUUUUGUUUCCAUAUCACAAUCAAGUGAUCAGAUAACUUCACUUCCUUCAAAAAUACUCGAUCGAUUUUGUAUUUCAAUAUUAUCAAGAAUUCAUAAAAAUGUUAAAUCUCUCAUUCUUGAAUCUGUUUCUAUGAAAUAUAUUCUUCGUGCUGGUAACUAUCCUAAUCUUACUCAACUUAAACUUUUUAAUUUCACUAAAGCAAUAUUUUCACGUUAUUUCAUAGAUGAUUUUCUCUUUGGACAUAUUUGUAAACAACAAAUUACGGAUCUCGUUCUUGUCGUUAAUGAAAACAAUAUUGAAAUAACAGAAGAAGAUUAUACAAAGAAUGUUUAUGCAAUUAUCUUAGAUUUCUUUGAAAACGUGAAGCAUUUGACUAUUGCUAUGCCAUCUACCAAACAUUAUUCAGGAUCUACCACAAGUUAUCCAUGCUUGUCGUUGUAUAAAUUACCGCCAAUGACUUUUUCCUCUUCGACACUUACUAAAUUAUGUAUCAACGUCCAUGAUAUUAAUGAUGUUCGUUCUUUACUUGAUGGUCGUCUUAAACAAUUAACUACACUCAUCGUUCAAGUUGAAUUUAUCAUGGAUUUGAGGUCAACAUCUUACAACAGAGAUGAUCUACCUAAUUUAAAAUGUUUCUCAUUAACAUCUUAUAAUUUUACUCAAGAAUAUGAUAAUCUAAUUAUACCUCUUCUUCGUCGAAUGUCACAUCUCGAAGAAUUAACUUUAAAUAUUCUCAUCUUUGAUAGAUCCACACUCAUUACUGGUACUCAUCUUGAUAAUGAAAUUCUUAUUCAUAUGCCACGACUUCAUACAUUCAUAUUUUGUAUCAUUUCUGAAACUGCUAUUACUGAUCCAGCUAUUCGUAUAUCUAAUGACGACAUUGAACGAACUUUCUCAAAUCUCAAGCAUCAACAGGUGGCUUGUAUGGUAGAUUAUUUCAUCCCUCUCAAAAUGGUAUGUCGCGUCUUUUCACUUCCAUUUAAAUUUGAUCGUCUCGAACACGUCACAAAUAAUAUUCCAAAUAUUGUAUUUAAAUCUGUUACUCGUUUAAAUUUAUGGGACAAAGAUCCAUUCAAACAUGAAUUUUUCGUUCGACUUACCCGAGCUUUUCCAUUUCUUAAAAAACUAUCUAUUUGGAAUAUUCAAGCACCAUUUUCGACAUUUGACGAACGUCAUCUUUCUGAUAAAGAUUGGUGCUCAAUUGUUGAAUAUCCCCAUCUUAUUUCACUCGACGUUGCACGCGCAAAUACUCAUUAUGUUGAACAUUUCCUCAAUGAAACAAAAACACAUUUACCUCAUUUAACAGAAUUAAAAGUUACUUAUGACGAUUUGGAAAUUGUGACAAAAAACUUUACAAGAGAUGAAACACGACGUAGUUGUGCUGGAGUGAAACGAUUAAUUGUUGAAGGUCCAAUAAAUUAUUCGAACGAUGUUUAUAAUUAUUUUCCUUUAUUGUAA